AGUCAUGAAUCCAUAUCCGUGACGCAUCAGAUUCAUCAAUGGUCCACAACAUUUGCGCCACACUGGUCGACCAGAUAUAAGGCAGGCAGUUGUUUCUGUUGUCUUCUGCAUUCUUCCCCCUCAUCAAUUCUGCUCGUAACAUUCAAUCAGCGUAAUCAUUGACACUGAACGUCUAGUGCCAUGUCCCCUGCAGGCGAGACUGGCACUUUGUCUACUCCUCCACGCGCCAAUGCAUCAGCUUCAGGUGCUAGCAAAAUAGAAUCCACACCAAACAGCCGUGGGGCUUCCGUCGUCAGCGAGCACAUCGGCGUGCUCGGUGUCAAGGUCAAGAAAAUCCGCCCAUGGAUUCAACGCGAUAUUGAGCAGGUUAAGGAGUGCAAGGCAGAUGCCAUGCUGCAAGCCCUCCUGCAGCGCGCUUCUUCCGCUCCCGAGACCGAACAGCCCGAGCUUCUGCAAAAGUGCUUCAAGGCAGUUCUGCCGGUUUGCAAUGGACAGGCCUCCACUGCGUUGGUAAAGUCUUCUGACAUCGAGACAGCCCUCAGCGAAUACGUACGUCCAGGAGUAGAAAACAACUUCUACGGCCCUUUCGUAAGAGCUACUAACAAUGCUCUCGCUUGUCUUGAGGAGAUCAAGGUCGACGGGAUGCGUGUUCCUGUCCCCACAGUGGACAUGAUCUGCCAGCAGAACGAUAUGCCCAUGCACCAGAUGCACCAGACCAAGAAAUCAACUCGGAAGCCCGACCUCGUGAUUCUUCCUUUGAAUACCGCAUGCGCUUCCUUCCAGGAUGAGAAGGGCAGCACUAUGGGCAAACAAAAGGAUGACAAAAAGGACGAUGAAAAGGACGAAACGAACCAAGAAACGAACGAGAGGAACGACGGCGAGCAGCGCAAGAAGAAGCGCAAGGCUCAUAUGGACACGAAUGCAACGGCAAAGCCGCACAAUCUCCCCUGGAAAGAUGUUCUAGCUUGCAUCGAGUUCAAGAGAAAGACGAAAGGGAUUAAGGCGCCCCCCUCUUCGUAUACAUUGACAGACUAUGCCCCUACCAAGCCAGAAUAUCUGCCAGUCGAUCAUCUUAGGACUGCAGGCCCAGCUCCAGGCCCUCCUCAGACCCCAGCAACACAAACUGCGUCCGACAGUGCAUUUCGAUCCUCCGGCCUUACUGCUGACCAGCCUUCCCAAGGCGGGUCCAGUUCCAAGCGCAAGGCCGCAGACACUUUGGAAUCUACCGCGAAAAAACCUAAGAUGGACCCCAACGACAGAGACGCUGACGCGGACGCAGAUCUAGAUGUGACCGUUCAGACGGGUCUGUACGCCGCCGAAAUGUUUGCAGCGAAUCUUGCAGUCAACUAUCUGCUGAAUAUUAUUGUCGUCGACGAUAUCGCGUGGAUCUGGUAUUAUGAUCGACAAGGGAUCAUUCAAUGCUCAGGCAUCAACUUCAUCCAAGAUCUUCCGCGAUUCAUGGUGUUGUUGUAUGCUUUACAACGCUUCGAGCUUCACGAUUGGGGCCGAAACAAGGACCUCCUCGCGGUCGAAGUCGACGAGAAACUAUGCCACGAGUUCAAAAUCAAGGAUGAAAAACUUGGAGAGGUGGAUUUGCUGCUUCACACCAGUCACGACGAAAGAUGGACGCACUACGGACUGCAAGGGCGGGCGACCAAUGUGGUCCCUGUCACCAGCGAAGCGCUUACGAAGAAAUACGGUAAGUUCAAGGAUGGGAUGGUGGCCAAGAUCUUUUGGGGAGAAGCCAGUCGCACUAGCGAGCCGGAGAUCCUGAAAAAGGUUGAGGAGAUCGCUAAGAGGCACGCAACUGUCCAAGACCAUGUUCCUCAGCUGCUUUGGCACCACAGGUUCACGAAUCCCACGUCCGCAAUUCGAGAAGCGCUUGACGUUCCGGAACCCACUAAGGGCAGUCGCGUGCUCUACAUUCUUGUGUUCCGCAAGCUCUUCCCCAUCACUCAGCUUCACGGCAAAGAGCUUUUUGACGUAUGGCGUCAAUGCAUUCUAUGCCACCUUACCCUUUGGAAGGAAGGGGUCUAUCAUCGAGAUGUCAGCCCUGGAAAUCUGAUGUGGUACUGGAAAGACCGCAAGCGGAUAGGCGUUCUAAACGACUACGAUCUAUCCUCAUUGGCGGAUGACCCAGGUCCUCGGGGCAACGAACGCACCGGCACGGUGCCGUUCAUGGCGGUCGAUCUUCUCACUGAAGAGGGUCAACAAGGCAAGGUGAAACACCUAUAUCGCCAUGAUCUGGAGUCGUUUAUGUGGUGUUUCGCCUGGAUUUCCUUGCGUUACGAGAAUGGAGUCUUUCUACCACGGAGAUUGCGUCCCUUCGAUGAAUGGGCGACCUUAGAUGCUGUGGCAUGUGGCGAGAAGAAGUACGUUUUUCAGGGUCGUAGAAAGCUUCCCGCGUGCUCGCCCACAAAUCCACUUAUGUGGCGUUUCCUUGUAGCCUGUUUAAAGGUGCUUGAUGCAGAAGCCUAUAACCGACGUGCACAACAAUCAGACUCGCCAACAGAGGUUGACGAACUCACCGACACCGAGGAAUCAGUAUCAGAUAUGGAUAAUUUUCUAGCCAAAUUCACAGCUACUCAGGCCUGGGCUACGCUCAGCAGCCCUUCAGUUUCACAGUGAUUUUACACUACAUACUAAUUACGUUUGAUACCUGCCCAUCUGUUGCCCAUGUGCCCCUCGUCUCCUGUAGGUAUCCAAAUCGAGUAGACGAAUACUCAUCCUAAUGACUCUGAACUGUCUACAGGUAGGGGUCGGGUGCAUUCUGCUUUGUCAGUUGUAAUUAUGUAAGUUAUGAGUCUGAAGGAGCGUCUACACUAGUGUACAGCGGGCAUGAUUCCUUCAAGAUCAUAAACCACCGUGAUCCAAUUUUACCGAAAAUGAUCUCAGCGACACAACUGUCGCAGCUGCCUCAGGAUGUGCGGGUGAAUGUUUUGCGAUCGAUCCUUAGUUUGUUAUCGCCAUAACUGAUGUGUCACUCAGAAACUGGUUCGGACUAAGUUACCUAGCUCAACCGCCCCCC